AUGUUGGAGCAUAAUCACACAUUGCCUGCCGAGUUUGUAUUUGUUGGAUUCACAGACUACCUCCCCGUUAGAAUCACCCUGUUUGUGGUCUUCCUUGUAGUGUAUACAUUAACUGUGGCAGGAAAUUUGGGCUUAAUAAUCUUAGUUAAUAUGGAUCCCAGCCUCCGAAACCCCAUGUAUUACUUUCUGAGCAACUUGUCCUUCUUAGACAUCUGCUACUCUACAACAAUAGCUCCGAAAAUGCUGGCAAACUUCCUAGCCUCCAGAAAACGCAUCUCCUUCCACGGCUGUGCCCUGCAGAUGUUCUUCUUUGCCUGCUUUGCAGAUGCUGAGUGCCUCACCCUGGCUGCCAUGGCCUACGACCGCUAUGCGGCCAUCUGCCAGCCGCUGCUCUACUCUGCCCUGAUGUCCCCCAGGGUCUGCCGUGGCCUCGUCCUGUUGGCCUACAUCAGUGGAAGUGUCACCUCACUGGUGCACGUUUCCCUGGCAUUUAGGCUUUCCUAUUGUGGCUCCAAUGUGGUUGAUCAUUUCUUUUGUGACAUCCCACCACUUCUGUCUCUGUCCUGUGAAGAUACCUCCAUCAACCAACUUCUGCUCUUCACCUUGUGUGGCUUUAUCCAGAGCAGCACCUUUGUGGUGAUAUUCAUCUCUUACGCCUGCAUCCUCAAGAGCGUGCUGCACAUCAAGUCUUCUGGCAGCAGAAGUCAAACCUUCUCCACCUGUGCUUCCCACCUCGUGGCGGUGACCCUGUUCUACGGGACACUCCUGUUCAUGUACUGUCGCCCGGCCGCCAGCUACUCCCCUGCCUUGGAUAAAGUGGUUGCGGUGUUUUACACCGUUGUCUUUCCCAUGUUUAAUCCGAUCAUCUAUAGCUUCAGGAACAAGGAUGUGAAAAAGGCACUUAAAAAACUAUUUGAAAGAGAGUGGAUUUUCAGAUGA